AUGAAAGAAGCCGAAGUCGCCGAAGGACACUUCUGGUGCGGAAACUCGACUAUCGAAGCCAAACGCCGAGGUUGCGCCUUCAACAAGCUGCACAACAGAUGGAUGCCCCCAGCCUGCACACAAGAUUUCGAACACGCCCGACAAGCCGUAUUUGAAGCCCUGAGCGGCGGCGAGGAGGAGCCGACGUUUCAGUUCUACAGGGACGACGACGGCAAACCGGGGGCUGAGAUUUCCGACGAAGAGCUGGAUGAGUUUGAGAUUUUGACGCCGGCUUGGACGACUGUUGGACAUCACAUGACGCACUGCAUGUAUCUUUUGCUGCAGGCUGCUGCGGCGCUGAAUUUGGGUACAAAGGCGGAUAUGGUUGUUCAUGCGUGGGAGCAUGCGAAGCAUUGCGCCAUGGUUGUGUUGAAUGAGACGAAGAAGGCGCCGGCUUGGAAUGAUGUCAAGAGUUUUGGGCAUACGCAGUCUGGUGUUUGUUGGUAA